AUGCAGCCAAGGCAGGACCAGAACUGGGAACUGACCCCACUGAUAUGUCUGAUCUCUUUUCCCCAGGGCAAAGUGGCCAUCAGCUCUUCCAGCCCUGUUGUGGCAGCUUCAUUACCACCCCCGUCCCAGGCCAGGCAGCCACUCAUCAGCACUGGGGAGAUCCUCCAGCUUCCAGGCAGGCUGAGGAUCCAGCCUGCCCUGUGGAGCAAGGAUGACGUGAUCCACUGGCUCAGAUGGGCUGAGAAGGAAUAUUCCCUUCGGCAAACCGACGAGAGCAAGUUCGAAAUGAACGGCAAAGCCCUGUGCAUCCUCACCAAGGAGGACUUCAGACACCGAGCUCCCAGCUCAGGUGAUGUGCUUUAUGAAAUCCUCUGCUUCAUUAAGACUCAAAGAAGAGCUCUGGUGUGCAGCCCUUUGCUGAACUCACCCUUUGGGAAGGCCAGGAGCACGGAGGAAGGGCUUUGGAAGAUCUGGGACCUGCCCUAAUGUGCCACAGGGUGGACAGACUGCAGUGCUGAGGCUGCCCCAGUCGUUGUUCCCUCCUGGCUGGGCUGUGCACAACAGCCUGUGUUCCACAGCUAUGUGGAGCCACUGAACCUGUCCCCUCACAGCUCAGAGAGUGGCUGCAGGGCAGGUGCCAUCUGCUCCUUUCCUACAACCCCGUCGGCCCCAGUGGAUGGGAAAAUGGCAGACUGCAGGUUGCUGUGGGAAUACGUGUACCAGCUCCUCUCCGACAGCCGCUACGAGCCCUACAUCAGGUGGGAGGACAAGGAAGCCAAGGUGUUCCGGGUGGUUAACCCAAAUGGACUUGCCCAGCUCUGGGGGAACCACAAGAACCGGAUGAACAUGACCUAUGAGAAGAUGUCACGAGCACUCAGACAUUACUACAAACUCAACAUCAUCAAAAAGGAGCCAGGGCAGAAGCUGCUGUUCAGGUUUUUGAAGACUCCUGGGGAGAUUGUCCAUGAGAAAUCCAGCAAACUGGAGCAGCUGGAGAAUGAGGACCAGGAAGAUUCAAAAGAAGACCCACUGGAGGUUUCACUCUAGAAAAUCUUUGGAGGUGCCUCACAGACAGACUUGUGCUCUGCUGGGAAGUGCUGGUGUCUCUUGCAUCUCCUGGACAGAAGGCCACAGAGCUGGCCCUGGAUUUCAAAACCUGCCCUGAGCCAAAGCUGGGACAUUUCUGGGGCUUCAUUAGCAAAACUCCCCCAGAAACCAUCCCCCAGCCCCGACAGUGCAUGUGAAUAUGUGUGGACUGGUCUUCUGCUUGUGUCUCUCCUGCCCUCGGGGAGAGAAUGUGAUAUUUUUGCUCUGAAAACUUAGAUGCUUGUCUUUAAGGCUCCAACUUGCUGGUAGAGGUCACGCUGUUUUUCCAGCAAGAUGUGCUGAGCAGAGCAGAGCGUGUGCUCUGGGUUGAGCAUCCUUUGCAGUGAGUGGUGUCCCUGAGUGUGAACGUGCUGCUCUGAAUCUGAGCCCUGACUUGUACAUGGACUUGUAUUGCAGAAAUGGUGCACACUGGAAUUGCAGUGGCUCCCCUGUGAUUAAGGGUGGGAGUGUGGUGAAAUAUCCACCUGGAUCUUUCCUGGCUGAAGCUCCAGGGUUGCCCUAAGCUGGUUCUCACUUUAACUCCUUUCCCUCCAGGUAAUGCUUUUUGUAAUUAGCUGAUUAAAUAAUGUGAAAAGAAACAAAGAAAGGAAUGACUGUGAGCCCCCUCUGGUCAGAUAUGUGGUUAUUUGCUUUGAGUUUGAAGCAGGAAUGCCUUGAGGGAACAGAGUGUGUUUGUGUGUGUGUUUGAAAACACAAAAUACCCACUAAUAUUUUCACAUUGCUUUUCAUUGAGGAAAUAAAAUCCUGUGACUGUGUAAAGUUG